GAAGGAACCCAUUGCCUAAGAUUAAAAAAUUUAAUAAUUGCUGAUUAUUUGCGCAGACAUUUGUAAAUUACUAUAUAUUUCAGAAUUGUUUUCAUUGACUGUCGACAGUGUCGAUAUAUGUGACAGUGUCGACACCGGCUCAAAAUAUGUUUGUCAAAUUUUAAAUCACAUUUAUUUAUUUAUGGCCACAUCAUUUGAAAUCUGUGCAUUGGUUUCGUUUGAUAAUUUUUUUUAUAAAAGACAGUGGAAUUGAUCAGAAAAAUAUUAAAUGUUCAACUUCAGUUGGACCCUUUGGUUGAAACCGUCAAAUUAGAAGUUAAAAUGAAAUUCUGUGUUUUCGCUCUUCUAAUUGCCGGAGUAUGUGUUGCUGACGAAUUGCGUUCCAAUAAAUCUUCAAAACAACUUGGUGAGGAUGCUGUUGGAGAGUUUUUUCGUCCUGUGCUUGAGAACUGGAAAAAUAUAAUUGAAACUUAUCUUAAUGAUCUCUGCUCCAACAAAGAUUCAAUGAAGAUCGCUGAUCGCCUAGUUCAACUAUUUCUCAAUAUUAAUGAAGAUAACAAAGCUCAAGUUUUUGUUAACACUAUUUUUGCUAGUUUUAUUCGUCUAUUGGCUGAUAGUGUGAUUGAAAAAGGAUCAACUUCGCCUAUUGGGCAUCCAGACGAAGAACUACCAUACUGCCCUUGUGAGCCACAGCCACCAUGUAUUUGCAACUGUACAUGUAUCGAUGACGAUGAUGACGAAUAAUUUUGUUAGUUUAGCUAGGAUCUAAUGCUCUGUUGAUAGGGAAAUAACUAACACUUGGCUUUUUCAUAAUUUAUUUAAUA